AAUAACGAAGGGAGAUACACGCGGGGCGUCCGCAACGCGGAACUCCUGAUCCCGUGGCACGGUCAAGAAGACGGCAGCUUCGUUACAUUCGCAUUGCCAAAAUUUUACGACCGUCAAGAGCUUGAGGAUCGCAAGAAACGAGCGGUUGACACGAACGCCGAGACAGAUCGCGCCGACGGUGAUACGGUGACCGAAGACACGGCGGACCAGAGACUCCAUUUGAUACUUCCGUUCAACGGCGAUAAUCACCAGGUCGAAUUGACGCCGCACCACGAAUUCAUCUCACCGGAUUUGGUGGUGGAAACGCACGGGGAUAACGCCUACGACGACCUCGAAAACGGUAUACGUUUCAAGAGGAUUCCUGACCUGCAGUGUCACUACAGGGGUCGCGUAAGAGGUCAUAAAAAUUCAAGAGCGGCCUUGUCUCUCUGUGACGGUGUGGCUGGAUUCAUACAAACAGACCACGGGCGUUUCUACAUCGAGCCGGUCAGCGAAUCGGAACCGAAUCAAGAGGGCCAACAUGUCCACAUGAUUUAUAAAAGGAAAGCACCGGAUGACGGUGCGGACGAACACAGGCGCGUUAGCCGAUCUUGCGGAGUUUCUGACGAUUGGGAAUCCGCUUGGGCGGAAGAGUUGGAAAUAAAAAAUCGGCGGGAACGUUUGGCGGAUAACUCGUCGUUCGUAAAAAGGGCCCCGGCGUCAUCCGCCUCCCACAGCAUCCAUCGUUUUCUCGAACUCACCGUGGUUUGCGACAAAUCAUUUUUAGAGGCCCACAAAGGCAGCGACUACGAGCAGUACGUUCUCACGAACUUGAACAUUGCCUCGGAUUUUUAUCACGACGCAAGUGUUGGAAAUCAAAUUGAUCUCGUUGUCGUCCGAAUUAUUUAUCUGGAAAAGGAGAAGCAAGAAAUAGAUCUAGCUAUCAAUACGAAUGCCCCGAAAACCUUAGAGAGUUUCUCAAAAUGGUGUAAUAAGAUGAAUCCAAAAGAUACGAAACACCCGAAUCAUCACGAUAUCGGUGUCCUGAUCACAAAGUACGACAUUUGUUCCGAAGCUAAAUCGGAUACCGCCUGCAACGUCGUGGGUCUCGCGAGCGUUGCCGCAGCUUGUAAUCCGGAAAGAGCAGCCUGCAUAAACGAAGACACUGGACUGACUCUGGGUGAUACCAUUGCCCAUGAAUUGGGACACGUAUUGGGCUCUGGCCACGAUGUCUUCGAACAGAGCGGAUGCAACGGAACGGCACCAGACAACACGACUUAUAUAAUGUCACCGAUCGCCGGUAUAGAGACCAGGAGAUGGUCACCGUGCAGUCGAAAAUUUAUAACAACAUUUUUAAGCGGCGGUUUGGGAGAAUGUCUCAUCAACAAUCCAAAAAAGCCAAAUGAAAAAUACAAAUUUCCCGGAAUGCUUCCCGGUGCAAUGUUCGACGCAUCGGCACAGUGCAAUUUUAUGUUCCCAGGAUCAACUACCUGCGGAAGCCCAGAAGAAGUAUGUGAGCAUUUGUGGUGUACGGAGAAACCGGGUAAAUGUAUGUCAAGAUCUUCCGCAGCGGAUGGAACAAAGUGCGGAGAAAAAAAAGUACUUAUCUCGUAUUGUCAUCUUGCCUUUCGAUGCACAUGAACGUCAUUAUUGUCCAUCCUUCAGUGGUGCCAAGGCAGAAAAUGCGUCGCGAUAGGCAAACGACCGGCAGCAACGAACGGGGGAUGGGGUAAUUGGGGUAAGCCUGGUCCAUGUUCUCGAACUUGUGGUGCAGGUGUUAGCAGUUCGGAAAGGGAAUGUGACAAUCCAACACCCAAAGACGGAGGUCGAUAUUGCUUGGGCGAGAGAGUGAGAUACACCGUCUGCAAUACAAGUCCGUGCGACGAGAAGAAGCCGUCAUACAGGGCAGUGCAGUGCAGUGAGUUCAAUUCUCAGAAAGUAUUGAGCGAUGGUCUUCACAAGUGGACACCGCACCAAGGAGACCCGGACGCUCCUUGCGCUCUGUUUUGCGUUAACGAAAAAAAUACCUACGUAAAACUCGCUCCGGUGGCCAAGGAUGGUACGCCGUGUAAAGCUGGUACCAGAAAUAUGUGCAUAGGAGGUGUUUGCAGGAAAAUCGGGUGCGACUGGGUCUUGGAUUCAGGUGCAGAAGAUGAUCAAUGUGGUAUUUGCAAGGGAGAUGGUACCCAGUGCACCGCGGUCGAAGGUGACUACACGGCAACCGGACAAGGAGGAUACCAAAAAAUCGUUACGGUUCCUAAGGGAAGUCAGAAUAUAAAGGUUUACGAAAAAUCUAAAAGUCAAAAUAUCCUCGCGAUCAAGAAUGAAAAGGACAACACUUAUAUACUCAACGGAGGAAACACAGAAAAUAGAAACGGGGAAUACCCGUGCGCAGGAGAUAUCGCCAUAUAUCGUCACCCUGAACCACAAAAAGAAGAAAUUCUCAUCAGAGGCCCGAUCACUAGUGACAUUCAGUUACAAUACGCUUUCUUCAGACCGCGAGAAAAUCCGGGAGUUCAUUGGGUUUAUUACGUCCAAGGUCAAAGCAAAUCCGGAAGAAGUUCACCAAAGUACCAAUGGGAUUUCCUGGAGUGGGGUCCCUGCAGUGCUAAAUGCGGGGGUGGUACUCAGGUUGCCCAAGCGUCUUGCAUCGAGCAAUCAAGCGGCAAAGUAAGCGAUUCGUUUUGCAAGGACAUAAAAACCCCGGACCCGAAGAGUCGAAUCUGCAAUAACAAACCAUGCGGUGCAAAGUGGCGCGUCAGCCAAUGGAGUCGUUGCAGCGGAUGUGGAGGAAAACAGGGUGAACAGCGUCGGAAGGUCCAGUGUAUGAAACCAUCGGCACAUGCCGGUGGCGAAGACGUCCAGGCUGAACUGAGCGCGUGCAAAGGAAAGGCACCCAAGCAAACGCAGACCUGCACAGGAACCAAACCUUGCAAGGGUUCCAAAAAAAAGAAGGCCCGAAGCAACGUCCUUGAAACGAGACGUCCCACGCAAGAAGAGCAACGAAACAUCAUCGACAGGCUCGUGGACGCUGGUAUCAAAAAGUACUCCGCUAAAUCCUACGAUGAACACACGGAUCAGGUUAAAUCACAGAAGAGAAAUGUUGAAGCCGAUUUCAAACACCUGAUCGACGACUUGGCUGUACCAUCCGACGAAGCUAAUAUUGUCAGUAGAGGCACUUGCCAGGACGAAGAUAAUCCUCAGGGCGCGCAGUCGGUUGAAUACCCGACGCUGAAGCCCGGUAGCGUGAUUACAGACGAUAUAAAGCCCGAAGAUAUCGUUGUGCUGGAAGCACCAGUCAUCGAUGAAACUUUGAAAUCAAAUCUAUCCGACCAAGCUUUCCAAGAAGAUGGUGACAGCGUCGGCGUUGAGAUCGAUACGAGUAAAAUGAAGGUCCUCAAGGGUGCCGAAGCCGCUGAAAUGCUGAAAGAUCACAGCUCAACGCCAUCAACGAAUGUUUCCAUCACCCGUUAGAUUUCGUAGCUUACCGAAGUUCGAUGCCGGAUUUUCAGGUCACAA